GCCCGGGGACAGGAGGCAGCCCGGAGACCUCUGGGAAACAGGAAGUCGAGAGGGUGGCGCGCCUGGGCUGUCUGCACCUCUCCACUACAAUUCCUAAGAGUCUGACCCGCUUGGCUCGUUAGCUGGACCAGGUUGUUUCCCGUGCAGCAUCCUGCUCACAGCACCAAGUUGGAGUCUGUCCUCUGAGGGCAGGGCCAGGGACUUUGUAGCUCCUGUGCAACAUCACUCUCCAUAAAUCUCAGUUGGCCAGCCUUCCACUUAAGAAGAGAAAGGAACAAAGUUUCCCCCCCUGGGAUCCUUCUCCCUGCCCAGUUCUCAGUCUGCAGAGGACCAAGGCCUGUACCAAGCAGGGAGCCCAGAGCCAGAGGGAAUGGCACCUGGGAGCCACAGACCCCCAUCCCAGGAGGUGGUGACAUUCAAAGACGUGGCUGUGGACUUCUCCCCAGAGGAGUGGGGUCUAUUGGACUGUUCUCAGAAAGAGCUGUACAAGGAUGUCAUGGUAGAAAAUGCUCAGAACUUACUCUCCCUGGGGCUUCCAGUUCCCAGAGAAUAUUUGAUCUCCCAUUUUGAGCAAGAAGGCCUGAGGAACUCCUGUUCAGAUUCAGAGACCAGGUUUGAUGUGAAGGAGUCAACUGCAAAGCUGAAAAUGACCUCAUGGAAUGACUAUUCUCAAUAUAGUCAGUACAGGGCUGGUCAUGCUGACCAUCAGAGAAUCCACACUGGAGAGAAACCUUAUGAAUGUAGUCAGUGUGGAAAGGCUUUCACCAACACAUCACAUCUUUUUAGGCAUCAGAGAAUGCACAGUGUAGUGAAACGUUAUGAAUGUGAUCAGUGUGGAAAGGUUUUCAGAUGCCUCUCCACUCUUUGUAAACAUCAGAUAAUCCACAGAGGAGGAAAACCAUAUGAAUGUGAUCAGUGUGGAAAGGCUUUCUCACAGAGGGUCCGUCUUGCUGUACAUGAGAGAAUCCACACUGGAGAGAAACCUUAUGAAUGUAAUCAAUGUGAAAAGACUUUCACAAGGAGCUCCAGCCUUGCUCGACAUCAGAGAAUCCAUACUGGAGAGAAACUUUAUGAAUGUAAUCAAUGUGGAAAGACUUUCACAAGGAGCUCCAGCCUUGCUCGACAUCAGAGAAUCCAUACUGGAGAGAAACUUUAUGAAUGUAAUCAAUGUGGAAAGACUUUCACAAGCAGCUCUGGUCUUGUUGGACAUCAGAGAAUCCACACUGGGGAGAAACCUUAUGAAUGUAAUCAGUGUGGAAAGGCUUUUGCACACAGGUCCAAUCUUGCUGUACAUGAGAGAAUCCACACUGGAGAGAAACCUUAUGAAUGUAAUCACUGUGGAAAGGCUUUCAGAUGCCUCUCCACUCUUUGUAAACAUCAGAUAAUCCACAGUGGAGAGAAACCUUAUGAAUGUAAUCAGUGUGGAAAGACUUUUAGAAUGAGCUUUUAUCUUGCUGCACAUCAGAGAAUCCAUACUGGACAGAAACCUUAUGAAUGUAAUCAGUGUGGCAUGGCUUUCUCACAGAGGGCCUAUCUUGCUGUACAUGAGAGAAUCCACACUGGAGAGAAACCUUAUGAAUGUAAUCAGUGUGGAAAGGCUUUUGCACAAAGGCCCAAUCUUGCUGUACAUGAGAGAAUCCACACUGGAGAGAAACCUUAUGAAUGUAAUCAAUGUGGAAAGGCUUUCAGAUGCCUCUCCACUCUUUGUAAACAUCAGAUAAUCCACAGCGGAGAGAAACCUUAUGAAUGUAAUCAGUGUGGCAUGGCUUUCUCACAGAGGGCCCAUCUUGCUGUACAUGAGAGAAUUCACACUGGAGAGAAACCUUAUGAAUGUAAUCAAUGUGGAAAGGCUUUCAGAUGCCGCUCCACUCUUUGUAAACAUCAGAUAAUCCACAGUGGAGAGAAACCUUAUGAAUGUAAUCAGUGUGGAAAGGCUUUCUCACAGAGGGUCCAUCUUGCUGUACAUGAGAGACUCCACACCGGAGAGAAACCUUAUGAAUGUCACAAAUGUGGUAAAGCUUUUACCCACCAGACUUCCCGUUACUUACAUCAGAGAAUCCACACUUGAGAGAAAUCUUAUGAGUGUCUAGAAUGUGAUAAAGAUUUUAAUAUACAUCCUUCCCUUACUGAACAUCAGGGAAUCAAUAUGAGGGGGAAAACCUCAUUAAUAUAAUAUAUGUGGAAAAGCAUUCAGGCUAAAGUCAUCUCUUAUUUCCCAUCAGUGAAUUCACAUGAGAUAGAAAUCAUAUUCUUCUUACAAAUGUGCAAAGGCAUUCAAAUGGACUACAGAGCUUGUUAGACGUCAGAAAUUUUAUCUUGUGAAUAAGCCCUAUGUGUACUCAGUGUGGGAAGGCCUUCAGCCAGAGAUGAUCUCUUACUUUGUAUCAGAGGAUUAAUAGUGCAUAGAAGACAUAUGAAUGUGUUCAAUGAGGAUCUGCCUUUUGCUGGAAGAUGUAGGUCACUAGACAUCACAAUAUUCACACUGGAAAGAAGCUAUAAUAGCAAGGAUUGUGGGAAGGCUUCACCAGGAGCUUAUACUUUUGUGUAUAUUGGAAAAAUCUUGCUGGAGAUAAAAUUUAUGGAUCUAAUUAAGGUGGGAAGACCAGUUCUUACAGCACAGAUCUCAUUAAACAUUGCAUAUUUUAUACUGCACAUAAACUCCUAAGAACAGAUAGAAUUUUUUCCUGAAAUCCUGAGGUUUCUCCUUACUCCAUAAUAUUUCAUGGCAUUCUGAUAAUAUUUUUUUUAGCCAUUCCCUACUUGAUUGAUACUUUUCUUUUCAUGGUGUUAUUUGGCACAAAAAGUCCUGGUAUAAAUAUUUUUGUAUCUAUUGGUCAUUCAUUUUUGUAAUGAUUUCUUUAGGUUGUGGGGUGGCAUAAUGGAUAGAGGGCUAUCCCUGAAUCCCAAGACCUGAGUUCAAAUUCUGUCUCUCUUGCUUACUUGCUGUGGACCCUUGACAAAUCACUUACCCUGUUCCUCCCUGAGUUUCCCCAUAUGUACCUACCUAGUAAUAGUACCUACCUCCAAGGGUCCAUGAGAAAAUCAAAGGAGACAAUUUUUAAAAAUUAAU